GAUGAGUCAUCUGGCAGAUGGCGACGAACAAAACCUGUCAAAACGUAUUUUUGAUUUUUAAGUAAAUAAACCCAAAUCGUUUUAGUUUAACAAGUGUGGUGGACUUUCGUGACUAAACCGUGCCCUUCCCCGCGCCACGAUGAGUUUUUUCGGGAAAAUGUUCGGCAAGAAGGAGGAGAAGGCCCCCACGACAGGGGAGGCCAUCCAGAAGCUGCGCGAGACCGAAGACAUGCUCAUCAAAAAACAGGAAUACCUCGAAUCGAAGAUCGACCAAGAGAUCCUCACAGCGAAGAAAAACGCGUCGAAAAACAAACGAGCGGCCAUCCAGGCCCUCAAGAGGAAGAAACGCUACGAAAAGCAGCUCCAGCAGAUCGAUGGCACCCUCAGCACCAUCGAGAUGCAGCGGGAGGCCCUCGAGGGGGCCAACACCAACACAGCCGUACUCAAAACGAUGAAAAACGCAGCGGACGCCCUCAAAAAUGCCCACCUCAACAUGGAUGUUGAUGAGGUCCACAAUAUGAUGGACGACAUUGCCGACCAGCAAGAUUUAGCCAAUGAGAUUUCAAACGCAAUCAGUAAUCCAGUUGGCUUCGGUGAAGAUAUGGACGAAGAUGAGCUUGAGAAGGAAUUGGAGGCUUUGGAGGAGGAAGCAUUGGAGGAGAAAUUGGUGGAGGUGCCCACGCCCCUGCCCCCAGUCCCCACCGGCGAGAUUGCCAAACCCAAACCAGCAAAAAAAGUCGAGGAAGAUGAUGAUAUGAAAGAAUUGGAAAACUGGGCCUCGUAAGAGGCGACACGUACUAACAGUUGGUGUCACACAUACAGCUUCAGCAAGUAGGCACGAGUGUUAGUCACAAGCAUUGUUUCAAAAAUAAAUCGCUUUUUUAAUAUUGUACAUAAACAGGUAUAUAUUAUUCGAUAAGCUGAAUCGUGUAAUCUAAUGUUGUUGGAUUAAUUUUACUAUUCUUUGGUAGGAAAUAAAAUUAUUUACAUAAAAA